CGUUUACUACAGAGAAUGCCUGUAGAGUAACCGCGGGAAUUGUUAGUGGGAUACGAGAUUGACGGACGCUCACUUCGCCAAUUCGCACGAGCUGACAACGCGCAAUCUAUCGUCUGCCUGGGGGUCUAUUUUUGUUGGCGGAGUGUGAAGCAGAGAGACGGUCGCCAGUUCGCUUGAGGGAUACAGAAGGUUGGAUGUGUAGUGAUUCUUGUAGGUAGGAUUGGGGACAUAAAGCCAUGACGACAUUCAUCGUAGUCUUUACCAUUGGGAUUUUCCUUGGUAACAGUAUCUAUGGGACUGUGGCACAGGAAAGAGACAAAAACGACCCUGAUGCAUUUCAAGAAGAGGCGGCUCAGAUCUACUCUACCAUCUUUCACAAGUACAAUGAAAGAGUUCGUCCCCCAGAUAACUUCCCCAACCCUGUCCUAGUGACAGUCGAGGCCACAUUAUACCACAUUCGUGAUCUGGACCUCAACCGAAGAGAGAUGGAGUCACUGCUGGACAUGAAAAUCUUGUGGAAAGACAAGCGACUAGCUUGGUACCCCUACCAGGUCCAGGAGAUCACUGCUAAUGUGAGCGCGGUAUGGUCUCCUGAUAUCGUCUACACGAACGGAGCUGUCCCUCCAAGAGCAAUGUUCGCCCCAAAAGUAUCCAUCAAACACAACGGCGAAAUGACGUGGAACAGAAGAGAGGCAUUGGUUACAAUGUGUCGCACCCAACCCGGAAAUGUUAACCAAACAUGUGAAAUUAGCCUCGGUUUCGUAUCUGCCAGUGACACGGAAAUGUUUGGAAAUGAUACAACAAUUGACCUCACCGAUGAUUUUGAAAAUCACAGAUGGGAAGUCAGCGAACCUCUGCUUGAACGAUACUCAAACACAGAAAUUAGCUUCGUUCUUUACCUUUCUUCCAAAUCCGCAAAUGGAGGUUCAAUGGUGAAUGGGAACAAUUGUAGUCAUACUUUGAAAUAUAAUUCAAACGGAGGUUCCGUUGUCAAUGCUUGGAGCUCUUCAAUGCUUCUGUUGGUUGCUGCGGUCAUGUCCAUUAAGCUGAGAUUGUAAUGAAAACCCAUGUUAGUCUUUGUUGUUGCACAAAUGUGAGGGUAAUGUACGUUUGUGGCUUAAAAUAACACUGCUCGUAUUAAUAUAGUACUGAAUUACAAUUUAACUAUGUGUGCAGAUCAUCAAAGUAAUGACGUAUACAGACAUAAGAAUGAAAGGCAUUGCAUUAAGUAUUUACAUUAACUAAAGGACCUAAGUUUAUCGUUUACCACAUUAUUUGUUUAUGAAUUCAUUUCUUGUUCUGUAUACUCCUUAAACACUUUUCAUAAGUAGCAUACAGGUUAGUAUAAGAAUAGCGUCAUUUUUAAAUGACUAACCUGCCUUUGGUGUUCUAUGCAAACUAUUUAAAAAGACAGUCCAUUAUGCUAAUGACGUGAUCAGAACUAGGCAUGUUAAUGAGUGCUGUUGACGUCCAUUACAACAUAAACCUUGCAUUUAUCACUCAUCUCCAAUUAGUUUCUUAGACUUUGUAAAAAUGUAAAUUUGCUUCAUUCGUUCUUAAGAUCCGUUAUGUCCAUUCCAACUUUUUGAUAAACUGUUUUGUCGUUCUUCGUUUCUGUUUAGCGUCUUAUCUCUUGUCAUUUACAAGCCACCGAAUGUAUAUUACUUCUGUUGCAAAAACAAUAUUGAAAACUGCAUCUCUGAUUGCCGAACCUGGGACGUUCUGAAAUUCCAGUGACAUAAAUACUUCUCCCUUGUUACCCUUUUCCUUCUUAAUUAUGUACGCAGCAGUUGCCCAAUCGGUUCUGUUAAUUGCAAUCUUUUCUCGGCUAGCAAAAUACACGUUUCGUCUAUGGAAUAUCUGGGCUCAUUUAUCUUUCAUUGCUUAAGCAUUACGCAUUAGUUAAACAAAACCUGGUUGUGUAAGUUCGUGACGUAUCCAAAAGUUUCCAUCUCUUUGAUAUAUUUUUGUGCAGACACUGAACACUACAACCGUGUACCAGUUACUUCAAAGCCGGUGUUUUUAGUAUAUAUGUUUUCAUGAAGGUCACGUUAUGGAAUUGUGUUUUAUAACUAAUAAAUGUGCCUUAAAAUGUGGACGAUAUUGACGGUUAUUUUGUCACAGUUUAAGACAUUUUGUUGUUUGUGCCUUUUAACUUAUACACCCAAGAAUACUGUGCCUUAACGUGCUGUUUUCAAACACAUCUUUGCCAACUCUAUCAGAUCUAUCUAUUUCAAAACGUUGCACUUGGUAGCAGAGAGUACCUUAUAUUGAAAGUCAAUACUAAAUGUUGUUACAUGUUGAUCGAUGUACCAUUCAUACAUAAUUUGUUAAUUCAAUAACCAAUUUCUUGAUUACGUUUGUUAUCAUGGUGUUCCUACACUCGCAAGACAGAUACACCCCGAAGGUCCUCCGAACGAGGUCAAUAGGUAAAUCCUACCAUUACCGUUAUAUCUGUAUAAACACAUGCACACUACGUCUGCCCUGUCCAGGUUUUACUCCAUAAAACAUGCCAUUCAGUUGUCAAUAAAACACGAGUGUGCAGUUUAGGAAUGUAAGUAGAACCAUCCCAUAUAUCAACGAAUCUGCAUUGUUUCGCGAUAUUAUAAUUGGUGAAUAACUACCACAGUUAUAGGUUUUAUACCGUGAAUGUAAAUGUUUUUUGCACUUGUAUGUAGUUUGUAUUACUGCUUCAUACUGUCCGCCCAUCAUGCGAUGUACAAUGUCAAUGCAAGCUGUUGGUGGGUGGGGCUGUAGCUAGCAUUAACUAUCCGUCAUGUAAAUAGGGGUGCUAGUAACGACAUUAAAAAAAUUAAUCCGUA